ACUGAUCAGCUGAUUUUGACGCAAAAGCACGUGGGUGUCAAUUUUGGGGGAGGUUUUUGUAAACAAACCCGUAACUCUGGGAAUUCUGGUGAACAGGUGCUAAAUCCAGGAGAUUUUCCAUCAUGCAUAGGGGCCAGAAGAAGUUGACAAAGAACUUCAGGAAGAUGAAAGUUCGCUGCAGUGAUAAAGAAGGAAAAGCUGGGAAUUCAGCUGAAACAGCAGCUGAUCUUCACGAUGAUGACUCCCACGAGGAUUCUGAAGCUUCUGGCAGUGAGACAUCCUCUGACAGCUCUGGCGGGGAAGAUUUGGGAUCCCCACCGUCAUUUAAAGUGGCCAUGUGGGAUCUCAAUCACUGCGAUCCGCGGAAAUGUUCAGGAAGGAAGUUAGCCAGGCACAGGCUAAUUAGGAAUCUCAAACUUGGUCAGAGAUUCCCAGGAUUAGUUCUCACCCCAGUGGGGACUAAAACUGUCAGCCCGGAAGAUCGUGAGAUUGUGGAGAACGCAGGGAUUGCCGUUGUUGACUGCUCAUGGGCUAAAAUUGAUCAAACCCCCUUCGGGAAGAUGAAAUCCCCCCAUCCACGUCUUCUGCCCUUCCUUGUGGCUGCAAAUCCCAUCAACUACGGCAAACCCUGUCAGUUGAGCUGUGUCGAAGCCAUCGCAGCCACAAUGAUUAUCACGGGAUUCAAGGCUGAAGCUCAGUGGUAUUUGAGCAAGUUCAGCUGGGGGCAUUCCUUUGUGUCCCUCAAUGAGGAAUUGCUGGAAAAAUACGCCAAAUGCAAGACUUCUGCGGAAAUCUUGGCUGCUCAGAAUGAAUAUCUCGAGAAUGCUGCAAAAGAACAAGAGAAACCCGGCCCGGAUUGGCCCAAAGUUGAAUCCUCAGAGUCUGAGGAUUAACAUUCUGUCCAGUUUUAUCAUUUUUAUUGCUUUUUAAUUGUAUUUAAGGCUGAAAUAAAAUGAUUUUUUGCGAAAUCAA